UUCCAGAUGAAGUGUAGAAGAUCAGAGCAUUGUCGAUCAGCACCUGUACUUAUGUGUUCUCCUUACAGUUUCGUCAUCUUCAUUCUCAUCCUCCAGUUUCCAAACCUCCUUUCAGGAGGCAUAAGACAGAGGAGCAGGAUCAGAGAUGUUCCAGUAAUUUGGCACAGAUGCCCCAAGGAUUUCGUCUACCUAGGUCACUCCUGCUACCUGUUCAGUCAAGAGAUAGCUACAUGGAAUGAUGCCCAUUUCCAGUGCAUGAAAAACAAUGCCAGUCUUGUCACUCCUGCAUCUCGCUGGGAAAAUCAUAUCCUUAGGCAAUAUCUACUCCGACCUGAGUUUGCACCAUUGAGUCGGUGGAUUGAUGCCUUCUACAAUUGGAAUGAGAAGAUGUGGAUGUGGAGCUCCUCAGGACAUCUCAUCUAUAAUCCAGAUUUUGGGGAAACCCAAAGGCAUUGGGAUGCAUGGACUUGUGGUGUCAUGUCAUCUGAUGAUCGCUUUCAUUGGCUUGGGAAGUCCUGCUUCCUUCAGUUUCACUACAUCUGUGAAUCCCUUCCUUCGCUGGCCUGA